CGUAGUCCAACUUCCUCCUCCGGCUGCAUUGACUCAGCCUUUUGGCGAGUAGCUCGAUCUGUUCACGCUGGAAAUGCAAGAUUGUAAAUGUCAGGUGAAGUGUAACUUUUAGAAUCGGUUUGCCGUACACAUUGGCUGCUAAAUUUGGAUGGCAUCCUGAACAGCAGUUGGAGUUUACAGGUAGUUGCAUAACGUGAGAACAUGGCGGAAGCACAUCAGGCCGUUGCCUUUCAGUUCACUGUCACGCCAGAGGGCAUUGACCUACAACUCAGUCGUAAUGCAUUGAAAGAAAUCUACCUAUCGGGCAUCAGGGCCUGGAAGAAGAAAUGUAACAGAAUCAAGAACAAUUUUAUGACCGGUGUUUAUCCAGCUAGCCCAUCCAGCUGGAUUUUUGUAGUGCUGACGGUAGUAGGUACAAUGUACACAAGAGUUGACCCCUCCAUGGGCCUGAUAGCCAUGCUUCGAGAACAUAUUCCUCUAAAACGAUAUAUGUCACAUCAUGGUCAAAGCAUGGUGAGCGCUAUGCUCUUUGCAACAGGAUUAUGGCUUGCACUGAUUUUUGUUAUGCGGCAGAUCCUCAAAACUCUUCUCUCCUACCAUGGCUGGAUGUUUGAAGAACAUGGCAAGGUGUCCAGUACCACCAAAGUCUGGUUUACACUAGUGAAGAUCUUCUCAGGUCGGAAACCAAUGUUAUACAGUUUCCAGAACUCCCUCCCUCGCCUGCCUGUUCCACCUGUACAAGACACUUUACGAAGGUUUCUGGAGUCUGUGAGGCCCCUGAUGAAUGACGAGGACUUCAGACGGACAAAGGCAUUGGCUAAAGAUUUUGAAAGGAACCUGGCACCUCGGCUACAGUGGUACCUUAUACUCAAAUCGUGGUGGGCAAGUAACUAUGUGAGCGACUGGUGGGAGGAGUAUGUCUAUCUACAAGGGCGAGAGCCAAUCAUGGUCAACAGCAACUAUUAUGCCAUGGAUUUCUUGUAUGUGACUCCAACCACCAGUCAGGCUGCACGUGCUGGCAAUCUAGUCCAUGCUCUGCUUCUUUACAGACGGAGACUUGCUCGUGAGCAGGUCCAACCGAGUACUCUGCCAGGGUUCCCAAUACCUCUGUGUUCAGCACAGUGGGAAAGAAUGUUCAACUCGACUCGACUACCAGGCGAGGAGACAGACCGUUUGCAACACCAGGUGGAUAGCAAGCACGUCAUGGUCUAUCACAAGGGCCGUUAUUUUAAGGUGUGGUUAUACCAAGGUGGGCGCCUUCAGAGUCCCAGUGAGCUACAGAAACAAUUUCAGUACAUCUUGGAUGACGCUUCUAUACCUCAACCAGGUGAGAAGUACCUGGCCGCCCUUACUGCAGGAAAGAGAAUACCUUGGGCCAAGGUACGGAAAUCAUACUUCAGCUCUGGAAAGAACAAGACUUCUAUGGACAGCGUGGAAAAAGCAGCAUUCUUUGUCACUUUGGAUGAAGAUGCACCUGAGCUGUUUGUGGACAACCAGGUGAAGUCACUGGAUCAAUAUGCCAAGUCACUGCUACACGGCAAAUGUUAUGACAGGUGGUUUGAUAAGUCAUUCACAUUCAUCGUGUUUGCAAAUGGCAAAGUGGGAUUGAAUGCAGAACAUUCCUGGGCUGAUGCGCCAAUCAUAGGACACCUGUGGGAGUAUGCUUUGGCCACAGACACCUUCCAACUUGGGUACAAGGAAGAUGGCAACUGUAAAGGUGAUCCAGCCCCCAAUGUUCCGUUACCACAGAGAUUGCAAUGGGACAUCCCAAAAGAGUGCCAGGAAGUAAUCAUGAGUUCGCUGAAGGUGGCACAGACGCUGGCUAACGACGUUGAUUUCUACGCAUUUCCAUUCACUCGGUUUGGCAAGGGUGUCAUUAAGAAAUGCAGAACCAGCCCAGAUGCCUUCAUCCAAAUCGCUCUGCAACUUGCCAACUACAGGGACAAAGGUACAUUCUGUCUAACCUAUGAAUCUUCAAUGACUCGGUUGUUCCGUGAAGGGAGGACUGAGACUGUGCGUUCGUGCACCGUUGAGACGUGCAAUUUUGUGACAGCACUGGAUGGCAAGAAGCAUUCGAACGAACAGUGCCUAAAUCUAUUCCGCAUUGCAGCCAAGAAUCACCAACACAUCAGUCGUCUUGCUAUGUCUGGAUGUGGUAUCGAUCGGCAUCUAUUCUGCCUCUACGUGGUAUCAAAGUACCUAGGAGUCAACUCACCAUUCCUUCAAGAGGUUCUUUCAGAGCCAUGGUGCCUCUCAACGAGCCAGACACCCAUCCAGCAGAUUGAGCUGUUCGACCUUGUGAAUCAUCCAGAGUACGUCUCCAUUGGAGGAGGGUUUGGCCCAGUUGCCGAUGAUGGUUAUGGUGUUUCUUACAUCAUCGUUGGAGACCACCUUAUCAACUUCCACAUCUCCUGCAAAGUCUCCAGCCCCUUAACGGACGCUCAUCGCUUUGGCGAAAACAUCUCCCAAGCAAUGUUAGACAUCAUCACACUCUUCAAUUUGGAUGGGAAAAAGGCCUAAAUGUAGUAAUGCCACCAGCCUGACACAGCAAAAGGAAGAAAAACACAACAAUGAGAAUCUUGCGCAUCCAAAGUUAUUUGAGCGUCCGUCUUCCAAAGGGCUUGGCGUGCGUAUGCACUGUUUUUUUUUUGUGUCACCUUUAUUUAUUCGUUGUGUCAUGGGGGCUAAUUUUUAAAUUAAAAGAACAAAAGGCAACAACAAUGCAAAGGAAAGGGACUUGCGUUGGAAUUCUGGUUUGUGUAAGAGGCAGGGCUUGAACUUAAUAACUACAUUUCUUUAUUUUAAUGUGUUUUUAACCCCGGGUGAAAGAGACAGGCUUAUUACAUAUUUACCCGUCCACACAUUCUGUGUUAAUCUGCAGAGUUUGUGCUAGUUUGACUGCAUGCCCAUCUGUCAUUAACAUUGGGAUUUAUGGCAGCACUGCAGGGAAUUUCCAUCACUUGCCCUCGGGAUUGAAUGGACACCAGUAUCUGGGACAAUCAAAAAAUGAAUGAGAUUGACUGGGCAAAUAACAUAGGCAAGAGUGGGCUGCAGAUUUCUGUUUAGAUGGCUCUUGGGUCUGAAGAACGUGGCCACUUUAUCCUCCUUGAAUCAUUAUUGAGGGAAUAGGGUCCCAUUUGUACCUGGUUGAUCAGACUUUUUCAAGCAUGGGCGCAGAGCACCCCGACCCUCUGAUGGUAUGUGAGGUGGUAUUGCAAUUCAAUUUUAUAAGUAGUGGCAGAUUUUUUUUUUUUUAAUUUAAUUGUGGACCUCUGAGCAGUUUGAUCCCUUUUAUACUUUGAAAUAACUGCUCAUGGAUAUUGAUGGAACAGGGAAGAAUAACAGGAAGCAGAGGAACAAGCCUUUGGGACCCACCAUGUCUGCAUUGGCCAUGAUGCCAACCUAACUAAUCCAAUCUUCUUGCACAGCUGAGGCAUUUUAAUGCCCCAUCACCUUCUAAGGCCAGGGGUAGAGGGGUGGUCUGUGCCUUUCGAUUCCCUACCUUGGGAGCUGGGAGAGCAUUAAAAUGCCUCGUAAACGUUCCACCAUCUCCCCACGCAAUACAUCUCCCCCCCCCAGCCACCUACUAAUCUCCAUGUGUGUAAAAUAAAACACAAUCACCUCGCAAAUCCCCCUUCACCUUAAACCUAUGUCCUCUAGUAUUUGAUAUUUCCACCCCAGGAAAAGGGCUCUGACAACCUUCCUCAUCUGUGCCUCUCAUAAUUUUAUAAACUUCCAUCAGGACAUCCCCCAGCUAUCGACGUUCCAGAGAAAACAAUUCCAAUUUGUCCAACCUCUUCUUGUAGCUAAUACUUCCUAAACCAUGCAGCAAAUAUCCUGGUGAACCUCCCCUGCACCUUUUCCGACAGCUUCCACAUCCCUCCUGUAAAGCAACAACCAGGCCUGCACACACACAAAUGUGCUUAAGCUAUAGUCUUAUACAGCUGCAAUAUUGCCUUCCAACCUUUAUACUCAAAAGUCCCAUCUGCUGAAUGCAUGCAUGUCUUCUAUUCAUCUUUGUGUCCGUUCAAUGCACUGAAUCUGUGCCAUCACAGGCGAAAGAAAAGAGUGCUUGCUUGGACAUUCCUUAAGCUAGUUUAGAUUCAGCCAUACUGACCUCUGAAAGUCUUUGUUUAAAAACCUAAAUUAUGUAAGGGUUCAGUAUGAGGUGAAGAAUCCAUUUACUUGCCAAAAGCACACAGCUGAUCGCCAGCUUAAUGGUUAGACAGUGAUCGAGCCCAGCUCUGAAUAUAACUACACUGUUAGGAGCCAGAAUGGUGCAUCAAUCCCAGGGGGAGUUGAAAGAGAACCAACCUGUGGUGUGUUGUUCCUGUGUCAACCCUACCAUUAAAUAUGAGGCUCUAUUUGGCCUCCUGGGCAUUGCUGUUUUUAUUUUGAAUAUUCUGUAUUAUUAUGGGUUUUGAUAAAAACAUUCUGUGCCAUUAUUUUCCGCAAGUCUGUGUUUUUAUAAGCUGUUAAAUUCAAGCCCUGUCUAUUGAAGCUGGUGCCUUAAAUGCAAGUUGUUUUUAAAACUAUAUAUAUAACUGACAUGUUUGCAUUAAGCGGGACCUCUGGUUAGCCAGCAUUCCUUCUCCCCAUAUGGACGGCUCUCACUUUCCACACAAUCUGGGGGGGGGGGGGGGGCAUUCAUUGCAUUGGACUGAUCCAAGUCGAGAUGCAAUUGAAGUCAAGUUCACUGGAGCUCUGGUGUGGGGCAGGAGGUGGGAGUUCUGAAAGGGAUAGGAGGGAACAGUUGAGGCAAAUCAAUAGUUUGGCUGGGUGGGAGGUCCCGGUGAAGUCCCAAUGUAGCAACAAACUAAAUAUGUUUGGGUAGAUUUCCUUUAUGUUGACCCAAAUUGUAAAUACAUGUUUUACAAAAGCACUUAACCAUUUUGUUUCCCAUUUAAGGUAGAUAUUAUUUACCCCAAUUUCUUGGAAGGUUGGAAAAAAUUCCAACCUAGCUCUUUGUUGACCCCAGCUUAAUCUUGCCUGCGUGGAAGGACGGAGCAUGUGUUAAACAGACGUGAAUGACUGGCUAACCAGGCGUUUGAGGCUGUGGCUGUAACACCAUGCGAUUUGUACUGUUUUUGUAAAUGUUUCACUACAUGAGUAAUUCUGCAAAGGGCAUUCCUGUGAGACACUGGGCUGGGUCUGUCUGGCAGGUGAGCAACACCAAAUAGGAAACCGCAUCCACAAGGCCUUAAAUACACAAGAUAGCUCAAUACGUGUGGAAUUAAAAGGUGAUUUUAAUUAUAAUUAAAUGACAAUCGCAUUUAUAAUAACUUAUUGUGAUAUUUGCAAAAAAAAAAAAAA